AUGACUGUCAUAGUAGUCGGUGCAGGUCCUGUUGGCUUACUCGCCACCCUUCGCCUUGCACAAGCGGGCAUCGAUGUAACAUGUCUGGAAGCACUGGACGCCGUCAAUGACUCGCCGCGAGCAAUGGCAUAUCAUCCUGUCGCCACGCGAGAGCUCGAUCGCGCAGGCGUGCUGACAGACAUUCGAAAACGAGGAGGCAGCUCGGGAUCUGGAAUCUGCUGGCGACAGACGAAGACAGGCGAAGUCAUUGCUAAGCUGGAAAGGGGUGCGAAUAAGGAUUUCCCUUACGAGAACCUCGUGAUUGGGCAGCAUGAGCUGGCGGCCAUUAUCAUCGAGCAUUUGCAACGCUGCGACAACGCUGAACUCCUGUUUGGCCGAAAAGUGACUGCUUUGGACCAGACAAGCGGCAGUGAGGUCAGAUUGACAGUGACCAAUACCAAGACCAACCAAGAAGAAGAACAUUGUGCAUCGUAUCUUGUGGCAGCUGACGGCGGCCGGUCUACUGUUCGGCAUCUGCUCAAUAUCUCCUUUGAAGGUUUCACUUACUCGGAACAACUCGUCUCGACGAAUGUCUAUUAUCCUUUCGAUGACUACGGCUGGAUGGACGGCAACUUCUGUAUCGAUCCCGAACACUGGGCACUGAUAGCUCGCAUUAACGACAAGGGCCUGUGGCGUGUAUCGUAUGGGGAGUUAGAUGGCCUGACGGUUGAGCAAAUCAUGCAGAGGCAGCCGUGGAAGUUCGCACAGCUCUUUCCUGGACCGAAGCCACCGCAGUAUAAGCUUGACCAAGCUUCACCCUAUAGACUCAAUCAACGAUGCGCAGAUAGGUUCAAGGAAGGACGAGUGAUGCUGGUAGGCGAUGCCGCACAUCUUUGUAAUCCUUUCGGCGGUCUCGGCCUGACAGGUGGUAUCCUCGACGCAGCCGCCGCGGCAGAUGCUCUGAUCGGCAUUCAUGAAGGCAAAACCAGUGAUGCUAUCCUCGAGAAGUAUGCGGAAGUCCGGAAAGAGAUCUUCGAGGAGACAGUGAACCCGCAAAGCCAGAGUAACAAGCAGCGCAUGCACGACGGGGAUCCAGGCACGAUCGGCGAGAGAGACCCAUUACUCAAGACCCUGAGGAAUGCCUCGGCGGACCAGAAGCAGCAGAUCCGGGCGCAUGCCACGCUAGCGGUGGAUAUGGACGAGUUCUUCGAUGGCAUAGAUAGUAGAGCGGAUGCUUUGUCGAUAUCUGCCCCAUAG